AUGAUAAGCACUAUCAGCGGUGGCCCAACCAUUGCGGGGAUGAGCAACCGGUCAAUGAAGCAAUACGUGCGCGCCGCGCAGCUUCCUCAGGUAUUCGGCAUAGAGGUGAAUUGGCACCAAGAAGUACCAAAAGUUCGUUGGGAACCGAUCACAUUCUGCGAAGAGGAGGAAGAGGGAGUCCUCUAUCCCCACGAUGACCCGAUGAUCAUCCGAGUAGAAAUUGCCGACUACGAUGUAGGUCGAGUACUGAUCGACACCGGGAGUUCCGUAAGCGUGAUUUUUAACGAAACUUUCCGAGAAAUGGGAAUAAACGACAACCAGGUCAACCGGCAGUUGACACCUUUGUUAAGUUUCUCUGGAGACCUGGUCCAACCGAUCAGCAGUGUAAAGCUGCCAAUUACCUUCGGAACCGCACCAAGAAAAACAACGACAUACGAUCAGUUCCUCGUCGUUGACUGCCCGACAGCAUACAACGUCAUCGUUGGGCGAACGGCACUCACGAGGGUUAAGGCGCAUCUUUCGCCCCACAUGCUAUUGAUGAAGUUCCCGACCCCCAACGGCACGGGGGCUGUCCGAGGAAAUCAGCUAAGCGCGCGAACUUGCUACACCACGGCCCUCAAGGCAACCUCUUUCAAGCUCAACGAUGAGACCAUGUCUGUGCAGGGGUUACCGAACGGUACGGGACCAGUUGACGACCCAAUAGAUGAGUCCCCGACUCCUCACACACAACCCGCCGAGGAACUGGAGACGGUAACCUUGAGCGAUGAACAGCCCAAUCGUCAGGUUAGAAUCGGCACAAGACUCACCCCUGCCCUCCGAACGCAAUUCAUAAAUUUCUUGCGGCACCAUUUGGAGGUGUUCGCAUGGUCAUAUGAAGAUAUGCCUGGCAUCGCCCCAGAGGUCAUCAGCCAUAAACUCAGCAUUUCCCCCGCUUAUAAGCCCGUAAGGCAGAAGCACCGAUCGUACGAUGUCGAACGAUACGAAGCCAUGCGUACAGAGGUCGACAAACUUCAAACCAUCGGCUUCAUCAGGGAGGCUACGUAUCCGGUGUGGCUGGCAAAUUCUGUAAUGGUGCGAAAGGCUAGAGGUGGGUGGCUAAUGUGCCAAGACUAUACCGAUCUCAACAAGGCCUACCUGAAGGACAGCUUUCCGUUGCCACGAAUUGACCAGCUUGUGGACGCUACUGCCGGCCACGAACUGCUCAGCUUCAUGGACGCCUAUUCCGGCUACAAUCAUAUAUUAAUGCACCCUUCUGAUAGCGAACACACCGCAUUCAUAAACGGACAAAGGGUUGUACUGUUAUAA